AUGGCUUUAUUGCAUGAUAUUUGUAUGGAUGGCUUUUCUCACAAGGACCACCAUCAUCGGAAAUCUGCCAGCCAACUUGUGCAGGUUCCUGGCGUCCACUCCAGACUUACUGAAUCAGAAUUGCUAGAGAUUGGGACCAACUUCUCAAUCUCACCUCUUCAUCUUGCCUGUGAUGUCUUAAUCAUGUCCAUGGCAACCAAAUGUGACCUCAGACACAGACUGGAAAGCCAGAAAAAAUGGAUUAACUACCACCACAACAAUCGGAUCCUCACAGCACUGCAGGCUAUGAUUGGAGCACUGAGGGUCAAGUCCAACCAAAGAUACAGUAGAGAAUUACACAGAAUCACCACCUACCAGAGUGCUCUGUUGAAGCAAUAUGAGAACUUUGUUCUUGAGUUACAGCAGUCAUUUGGUGAGCCCACAAAACAGGAAAUGAACCCCUUGGUGAAUGCUAAGGUUGACAAAAGGGACAACUUCUCUCAGCAGGAUGCCACUACUUUCCAACUCCUUGCUCAAAAUCAGAGAUAUAAUGAAACCAAUCAGAGUGAUCACUUCCAAGAGGAGCUAGCUGACUCCAUUCAGGCUGAAGUAAGUGGCACAGAUCUGAUGGACAAUCUCCCAGACCUUAUCACUCAGUGUAUUCAGUUGGAUAAGCAACGUAGUGACAGGCCAGAGCUCCUGCAGUCAGAGGCCCAGAUCCCAGUGUUGGCUUCCCUGAUCCACCACCAAGCCCUCUCCAACCCCACAGGUCCACCACCCAAGGAAGACCCUAUACAGCUUCGAGGAAGCCAGCCGCCUCUCACUCCAGCCAAACGAGCCCGCCAGCAAGAAACUCAGUCAUGCCUCUACUGCAGCCAGGCUGGUCACUUCACAAGAGAUUGCCUUGCCAAACGUUCUCGAGCCCCAGCAAGGAUAAAUAACCCAGCUCACCAGUAA